AUGCCAGCAGAGCUAGAAAUUGUGAAAAACGUGGAUUUUGAAAUGUUGGGUUGCAAGUAUUUGAUAAUGGAUAAGAGAAAGAAUCUGCAUAGGUUGAACAAUUAUGUGCAAGUACCGGAAUUGACUGAAAUGCAGUUGAAUGACGUCUUGCUGCAAUAUAAAGAUGAUAAAGAUUAUGUAAUUGAACAUCUUUAUAUUUCGGAAAUGAAGGAUAUCGAACAGUUCAUUGACAAGUUGCUGAGAUUCCGAAAAAUCUAUUCACUCACUGUUUGUCAAAUAACCAUUCGACUACCCAAAACUGUAACAGAAGAGACACUUUGGAAGUUUACAGAAGAUAUAUUGAGAGAUGAGAAUUAUAUUUUAUUGAAUGUCUCCAGAAUGGAUAACUACACUGAAUUCUAUUUUUUCGCGAAUAAUGAGUAUCAGUGCAUGAUGAGAUAUGUGUAA